GAUAAAAGAAGGAGUAUGGAUGCACUUAAGUAUUGUGCAUAUAUAAAUACCCCACCACCACCCACUACCACCACUAGUUGUAAACUCUCCUAUUCCUCUGUCUCAGAAGAUCAAGAAGAAGAAAUGGCAGACGAAGCCACAACAAACUGCAUCGAUAUCCUCCUCGCUAUCUUGCUGCCUCCUCUUGGUGUUUUUCUCAAAUUUGGCUGCCAAGUUGAGUUUUGGAUCUGUUUGGUCCUAACUUUCUUUGGAUACAUCCCUGGCAUCAUUUAUGCUGUUUAUGCCAUCACCAAGUGAUUCUAAUCGCUUCUCUUUUCAAAAGGUGUGGGAGAUAUAGGGAAGAAAUUAGCAAGGAUGAUGGAAGAAAUUGGAAACUCACCAACACUCCCUUGUUUCUCAUAUCUUUUUUUAUGCUUUUUCUUCUCUCUGUUUUGUGUGUUGUCUGUGUGAUCCCAUCAAAUUAGACACCUUACACAAUUUCUGUUGCUAUUUUUUUUUUUUUUUUUUUUUUUUGUAAUCUGUAAUUUUUAUUAUUUUGGGGUAAUUUAAUUAUGUGUUGUUGCUGUUGUUGUAUUGAUUGAAUUGAAUUGGUUGAUGUAAAGAAGAAAGAGGAUAAAGACAAAGGUUGUUGAAGAAUUGGAAUUUGUUGAGUGUGGGUUACGUUUCUUUC